AUGAAAAUCUCGACGGUGAUCUUUGCUACAAACUUGAGCGUUGAAGCGAUAUCCUUGGCGAACACGCCUGCGGCAAAUGAGAUCUAUGAGCAGGUGCUGCGGAAUAAGCAUUCCAGUCAGGACAAUCACGAACGGCUGCUUCUUGAAAUCUCGGAUAUCAAAAAGACCUCCCAAAACUUAUUCGACGGAUUAGAGGGAAAAAACGAAAACUUCGAAAAAGCUGUGGAAAGCUUGAAAAACAGCAUCAAAGAGCUCGAUGAGCGACAGCAAGAAGGAAUUUUAAAAGAAAAACUCAUCGAGAAAUCGCUAUCAGAAAUCAUUGAAAAGAUCACUGAAAAAGCCGACUACAAUGCCGAAGCAAUUGAAAAUAGUAAUGCAGAGCAAAGAGAGCUGGCCACGCGAUUAGAAAAUAAUUUGGAGGACAUUUCGCUCGAUCUAAAAGACGACAAAAUAGAGAUUUUUGAAAAAGUGGAAGAAUUCGAGAAGCAGCUGAAGAAACUCGAGCGAGCGCAGAGCGAGUUCGAACGUGUCACCGAGCUCAAACUUGGCAACUUCUUUGCUGAACGCGAAAAAUCCGCUCAACUGCUCGGAUCGCUCGAGCGGAAGGAAGACGAAAUCUCCGCCCAGCUCAAGGUCAUCGAAAACUUUGAAAACAACACACGCGGCAAAAUCGAGGCGCAAGAUGUCGAGCUCGGCAUGCUUCGCAAGAGUCUGCAAAUGAUGCAGAAGCAAAUGUCGCUCGACGAGUUCAGGGAGGAAAAGAUCGAGGAUAAAAUUGUCAAGAUGAAUCUCCAAGUGCUCAACAGAAUGGCCCUUCUUGAAAACAGGAUAUCUGAAAUUGCUGAUCGAAAUGCUUCUGAAGCUGAUCACGAAGAGUUGGUCAAACUCGAGGAAGAACUGGACGUAAUGCAUCACGUGAUCUCUUACCAACAGGAAUCGUUAAAAACGAUCGGCGACUCGACUUCCAAGACCGUCCGCGAUCUCCGCCGCACAGACGAAAUCCUCAAAUCGAGUCUCGACAAUGUCGAAGACAAAGUAGAAGAAAUCGGCACUUCAGUAAUCACAGAAUUUCGUCAGGGUUUCAUGAAAAUGUUCACUUCCGAGUAA